UAAAAAUGCAGAUUUCUUGGUCUCCUCAUAAUCCCGGAAGAAGAUUUUGGACAUGCCCAUUCUAUGGGGCUAAGAAAUGUAAGUUCUUUGAAUGGAGGGAUGAUCCUAUUGAUGAAAGGUCUAAGUUUGUUAUUCACAAAUUGAUUAAGAAAAUGGAAGAGCAAGCAGUGGAAUUGAAGAAGAAAAUGGAAGAGCAAGCAGUGGAAUUGAAGAAGAAAAUGGCGGAAGAAGUUGGUUUGACAAAUGAAAUGGAAGAAGGAGAGUCUUCUUGCAUUGAUAGAGAUAUUGGUAAUGACAAUAUUGAAAUGGCCAUCGGUAAUGAGAAUAUCACUACAAAUGAAGAGAUGAGAGUGUUACAGGUUGAAGAAGAGAUGAAAGUGUCAAAGCUUGAAGAAGAGAUGAAAGUGAUGAAGCUUGAACAAGAGAAGAGGUGUAGAUGCUUUACUAUUAACAAGUUUUUGAUUUUGUGUUUCUUUGGUGUUGUUAUUUGGUUUAUUGGGUGUUUUUGA